AUGGCGUUUUGCUUCAAGCAGUUCUCCGCCCCACGUUCCACCCUCCUCAGCCCCUCCUUCCUCGCUCUCCUUUUCUCUCCUUUCCCUCCACGCACGCCCCUCCUCAUUACAGACACACUCGGUACAAUGACAGACGCCGACUCCGCCGGCACCGCGACCACCGCCGGCACCGCGACCUCUGCCGACGCGACAGCUGGUGCGGCGGCGUCGGACCUUGCGGCGCUGGCGGUGGACGCGAAGACGACGCAGGAGAUUAAAGCCCUCGCGCCGCUGAUGGGCAGCGCGGACCUGACGGGCGUCGAUAAGCCGCCCGAACGCGCCUCGUACUUAACUAAGGACGCGUUCGCCGCGGCGGCCCAAAAGUGGCUCGCGACGGUGAAGCGGCGGGUGCAGAAGCUGAUUCAGCAGGCGGCGGGAGGCGGAGGGAAGGGGCACGGAUCGAGCAAGGGGAACAGCGCGCGCGGGAACACCACAACCGUUGACCGCAGUCUGGGGUACGUCCCCCCCACGACCAAGGAUCUCGCCAAGCUGCCCAAUCUCAACACCGUCUCGCGCUACCUCACCGUGGGCCUCACGCUCGACGCCACCUCCCAGAAGCUCACGUGGGAUUUCAAUAAGAGUGUGGACCACCGCUCCUAUUUCUCUGAAGACGAUUUCGACCAGGGCAACUGCGGUUCCUGCUGGGCGUACGCGGCAGCCAGGGGUCCUGCUGGGCGGUCGUGCUGGGCGUACGCGACAGCCAAGGCAGUGCAGGGCGCGUAUGCGAAGCUCAAAGAGACGGACGAUGAUGUGUUCCCUGGCGGGACGAGGCUGUCGGUGCAGCAGCUGGUGGACUGCACUGGCUCUGCUGCCACGUGCCGGGGGGGGUACCCCGAGGCUGCCCUGCAGUAUGCCGUGAAGUACGGGCUGCAGGAUGAAACGGAGUAUGAGUAUACUGGGGUCAGCGGCAAGUGCAGCACCAAGAAGGAUGCGGACAAGUGGAACGAGCAGGAAAGGUGGAACAUCAGCAUGUACGAGCAGGUGCCGCUACCGGGGCCGCUGGGGCUCAUUCUCGCGCUGCAAAAGCAGCCCGUUAUCGUCACCAUCCGCGCCUCCUCCCAAGACUUUAUCGAUUACUCGGAGGGCAUCUACCAGGGCUGGGACUGCUACAGCCCCGUGGGGGAGGUCUGGGGGGACACGCAGGGCCAGGGGUUAAGGGCGACGGCCACAGCGACGAACAACACGGGGCUGCUGGACCACGUGAUGCUGGCCGUGGGGUAUAACUAUGAGGGGCCGGGCCAAUGGAACAACUACUUCAUUCUGAAGAACAGCUGGGGGCCGCAGUGGGGCGAGAAUGGAUACAUGCGGAUUCGCAUGGAGGGUGAUGCGUUCGGCACGUGUGGCAUGCUGGUGAAUCGAGGGCUGUACGCUGUUGGGAAUGUUGAGGGAGCCAUCCAAUUCCACUUUUUACCCCCUUCCCGCCAGAGCACGGACCCCUGCGGCACGUCGCCCUGUGGCGGAGGCACGUAUAUGAUUUACAAGAAGCGUCAGGGCAUACCCUUUCCCCCUUCCCUUCUCUCCACCCAUACCCCUCGCCAGCCCGCCGGAGCACGGACCCCUGCAGCAUGUCGCCGUGUGGGGGGGGCACCCCGCCAGACCACGGACCCUUGCGGCACGUCGCCGUGUGGGGGAGGCACAUGUGUGGCGGACGGGAGUGGCAACGGCAAGUACACGUGUCAGUGCACGGACCUGCUGGCGCCCGCUGUCAACCGCGACGGCACACCCACAUGCACCGUUGUCGACGUCUGCAGUGUCCUACCCAACAACCCGUGUGCCGUGGGGCAGUGCAUCAACAGCGGCGACGGCGGCUACUCGUGCCUCUGCCCGCCCAACUACAAAGCCAGUCUGCUCGCCUCUGGCCAGACCACCUGCGUGCCUGCGCCAACAGUCCAGAGGGCGUACACAGUGCAGGGGGGGGAGACGUGUGGCGCUAUCUCUGGCCUCAUCGGCCUCACCCAGGAGCAGUUCCUCCUGCAGAACGAUGCAAGGAGAGGGAGGGAUAUGAGAGAUAUGAGAGCAGUUCCUGCUGCAGAACGAGGUGAGAGUGAUGAGAGUGGCAAGAUUGAUGAGAGAUAUGAGAGCAGUUCCUACAGCAAAACGAUGGAGUGGACUGGAGUGGACUGUGAAGACCUCAAAGUGGGUCAGGAGCUCAACAUCUCCAUCCCCUCCUCGGCUCAAGUGUGCCACGUGCGCUACACUGUCACCCAGGCGGAUGCAGCAGCAAAGAGCUGUGAUCCCAUCAACACCCUCUUUGGUAUAGAUGCGGAUGCAGCGGCACAGAGCUGUGAUGCCAUCAACGAUCGCUUUGGCAUAGACGUCACGACCAUCAACCCCAGCCUUGACUGCUCAAGCCUCACGCCCAACCAGCAGAUCUGCAUUCAAGUUGGGGACGCGGUGUCAGGAGCAGUGGAUUACAAUCUAUGCACCAACUACCAGCCGGCCAACCAGUGGAUCUGCAUUCAAGUUGGGGACGCGGUGUCAGGAGCAUCGGAUUACAAUCUAUGCACCAACUACCAGCCGGCCAACCAGUGGAUCUGCAUCCAAGUUGGGGACGCAGUGUCAGGAGCAGCGGACUACAAUCUGUGCACGGACCAGCCAGUCAGCCAGUGGGUCACCUGCGCCAGCAUCGUAUCAACGUACGGCGUGACGUGGUUCGACCUCUACCGUCUCAACCCCGGCAUCAACUGCGACACAAUCAACGCCCUCACUGCCUCCGAGAUCUGUGUCGCCGGCACGCCGUUGGGAGCGGUGGCGUGCGGUAAAGCGCGGUCGAAGACGGUGGCGAACCGGCGGUACACGGUGGCGGGGGGGGACAGCUGUGCGUCGUUGGUGGUGGUGCAGUUUCAGCGCCAGCCGCCGCUCGUGGGCCAGCUCAACCGCAACUGGAUGUGCCGCUCCCAGAGCCUCUUCGCCGGCAUGCCCCUCUGCAUCCCUUCCUAA